AUCAAACAGAAAAACAACAUGUAGAAAAUGAAACUUUUUCAAUAAAUUUGUAUAAAUCAAGCAAGCGGAGAAGCAAUAUUUCGAAUUUAUACAACAUGAUUCCCACAAAAGAGGCCAUAUGUUUGCCAAAAUAUUCAACAAGCCAGGACUACGCGCAGUCUUGCUGUUGCGUCGAUACGUUUUGAAACAUCAGCUGAAGGUGCAAGUGUCAUUUGAAUUGCAGAUGUUGUUAAUUACACGCAGAUCGUCUGUUUUUGCGUGAAGUGUUUCAAAAGUGCGUAAAUCAUUCAACGAUAAACACACACGUUUCCUGCUGUUGGCCAAAUUCAUUUUCUCCUCCUGCCAUCAAGAAGCUUAUUAACUCCAUUCGAUUUUGUUUCCUGUUAAUGCCGUGGUACAAACAAGUGAUGUAAGUGUCGUCCCGCAUCAUGCGGAAACGUCGUUUGAUUGAGUGGGCUUUUUUAUUUUUGGAAUGCAAAGGGGGCUGUAUGAAAACUGGACGGAACGAUACCGACGAACAAUCGCAGGAAUAGUACGCACAGAUGGCAAACAAGCGGAAACCAAUCCACACACCAUCGGCCACCGGUGCAGGAGGUGGCGUAGGAGCAGCAGGACCAAACGCUGCCCGUCCGCAGAUGAACUUUCGUCAGGGGUUAAACGAUACAACCGCACGAAGCGAAGCUAAGGGCACCCGACCAACCGCCACACCGACCUCGAUUCGGGAGGUACUCACAAUGAUGGUGCUACACGUGUGCAAAAAGAUCAUUUUCUUCGAUACCAGUCUGAAAGUCCCGCUGUAUCUGGGUUCAUUGUUCAUCGUGUCGCUGAUAGGCGACUUUCUGCCAUAUCCAAAGACUUACCUGGCACGCACAGACAAUCUGUUUAAUGUAUACUUCGUUAAGCUAGGAUGGGCAUGGACGUUACUGUUCUCUUUUCCCUAUCUGGCCAUGACAUCGAUCACGAUAUGCUGUGGAGACAAUCAGCGCCUACUAAGGAACCAUCUGCCCCGACUCGGUAUAGCGACCGUGUUUUGGUUUGUUUGGACGAAGCUGUUCAACAUAAUCGAAUCAAGCUACGGUCGUUGCAGUGUGCGUGGAUUCGAUGCCAAAACCGGCUGUCUAAAGGCGGGCCACCUGUGGAAUGGUUUCGACAUCUCUGGUCACGCAUUUAUCCUGAUCUACUCCAGCCUGGUGCUGAUGGAGGAGGCACGUCCCAUCAUAGGGUGGGAAAGUAUAAAGGAUUUGCUGCGCAACGAAGAGCACAAUCGUAACAACAACGAUACGUCACAAACGUCCAACCCGCUCAAAAGCUUAAAGGACGAAGAUCUGAAGGCACUGAAAUACUUCUACAAUCGCUUCACGCCAACCAUUCGGUUGUUCUUCAUCGGGAUGACUAUGUUACAGCUGCUUUGGGAUCUGAUGCUCGUCGGUACGAUGCUCUACCACCAUCGGAUGGUGGAGAAAGUGCUCAGUGGAAUUAUUGCCGUGGUAACGUGGUUCGUGACGUACCGUGCCUGGUACCCGAUACCGACGGUUUUGCCCGAUCCCGUUGGAAAGGGGAUGUUUAACUACCAAUCCAUCAGCAAGCCGGAAAUUGGACUUCGACGAAGGGCCAGUUUACUGCAGCACGGCGGUUCUUCAUCGACGACUGCUGGUGUAAAUGCGAACAGCACGCCGGGUAGUAAAGAAAUUCCCAAAUUCAUGGGAAUGCCACUGUACGCUGCUAGGCAACCGUUUAACCCCACGACGGCGGGUGCUGCAAACGUUGGUUCAAACGCAUCCCCGCUGGAAGGAUCGGGCAGUGGUGUGCAAGGAUCAUUCGUAAGUAGUCACCUGUAUGGUUCACGUGUAGGUAGCAGUGGUGGCAUUAGUAGUAGCGCCGGUAGUAACUAUAGCAACUCGGACUUUAACCAUCCUUCGUAUGCUCGCUACCGUAGUCGCUUUGAGCGCUUCGAGUCGUAGUGUGUGUUGUUUCUGUGUCCAUCCUAUUACGUUUAUUAUUUUUAAAAGGUAUCAGGUGAUUGUAAAUUGUAGGUAAUACGUACGAUUUUGGCUGGGGUUACUUUUUGCUGUUUAUGAAUCGGAAUCUGCUUCUGCUGCAAGAUGCACGAUCGUUCAUCGUGUGUUGAUGAUUGACAACAGGCAAUGCGGACUUAAAAAAUCUGUUGUAAAGGUGAUGGGAAUAUUUCGAUUGCAGUAGGCAUUUUUUAAAAAAAUCGCAUUUCUAUCCUGUAUAGGCCUGCGUGUGGCGUAACAUUAACGAGCAUGAUAAUAUUUCUGUUACUUUACUUUCUACCAAUCGACUGUGUGUGUGUCUUUCCUAUUUGCAGGUAUAAUUCGCCAGUUCCAAAUGGCGAUACCGACAAAACAAGUGCAAUCAUUUACGUAGGUAACUUUCGAGCAGAAAAAAAAACUCGAAAUCAAAAUGACCUCGAAAGGGAAACUGUGUAAAGAAGUGCCUGUAGCAGAAUGUAGCAAUAAUGAUUGUUUUCCUACUUCUAACAGCAUGAUAGAUUUGCCAAAAGAAAUUACUUUUAUAAAGAAGCGUGUCAGACGUAUAUCCGCGUAAGGGUGACAAAAAUGAAACCACCACGAGAAAAGCUAGACACCCCUAGUUAGGUUUAGGUUUAUUGUGUUCUUUCGUUUAAAUGCGUCUUUGGUGGUUUGUUGUUUAGUUAUAACCUACUUUAUGAGGCAGACUUACACGUUAUUAUUUAUGUUGAUUCUUCACCUCUCUGUUUCUUCGCUGAUGUUGUGUUAACAUUACGUUUUGCGUUUUGAUAUUAUUGUUUCGCAUUGUAUUUUGUUUGUAAACUCGUCGAACGAUUAAAUACAAGUAAAAAACUUGCUAAA